GGUUUCCCACAGACCGUAAAAUUGGUUAAAUUGUUUUGUGAGCGUGUCAGGACGCGAAUGUUGGUUGAAGGCGUCUUGGCAUUUUUUUCCUAAGCUUCAUCUCCCACUAGAAUGGUGAGGGGAUUUGAAACUGAAGUUAACCAAUUUUCGAAUAAUCUAACUUUGUUCGAUACGGUCUCUGAAAACCGCCAUUCGACGGACACAAAUUUUCCAGUUUUGCCUGUGGCAAUAACAGUCAUUUUUGGGUCAGUCCUUGUUACAGUCCUAGUCACGUUGUACCUUGUUAGAAGACAGCGCCAAGCAGAAAAAUAUAAACAGUACUCCCAGAUAGCCAAGACUACCGUUCAACCACCGCAAUUCACCGUUAAAACGUCUCAACAGCCUUCUCCAGCGAAGAAAAAGCUGUGUCGAACGAAAGAAAAGAUCCUUUCCUCCGAAGAAUCACUCUCACCGAUGUCGAGCGAAGAAAUGUUCUUUGACGCACAAGAACGGCUUGAGGGGAAAGCAUCUCGUUCAAUUUCCAGUCGUGAGGCGAGCCCAGCAAGUGCGUUGGAAGAGGAGAAGAAAGAACAAGACGAGAUGUACCCAUCCGACCAUCUUGGACGAAUUUGGUUCAAUUUAGAAUACGAUAAAUCAGCAGAAAGUUUAGCUGUGACAUUGGUCAAAGCACGCAAUCUUUCUACGCGCGGCAAAGCUUCAAAGACGUGCGAUCCGUUCGUGAAACUGCGAAUUCUUGGUCCAGAAGAAAAGGAGAAAAACGUGUCCCAGAGCAAGAGUAAAAGGAAAACAUGUCGGCCAAACUUCGAUGAAAUGUUUUAUUUCAACAUGCCUGUUUCAGAGCUCAAAAGGUGCACUCUUCGCUUGUCCGUAUAUGACGGGUUUAGAGCGAGCCAGCAAAGUGUAAUCGGGGAAGUCUUGUUUCCUCUGAGUGAAUUGGACACAGAUCAGAAACUUGAGUUUUGGAGGGAUCUUGUCGCUAAUGAGGAGAGCCCGUCCCAACUUGGCGAAAUUCAUAUCUCCAUGUCUUACUACCCCACCCUAGACAGGCUCACUAUUAUCGUCCUCAGAGCAUCCAACCUCAGGAAAAUGGAGCCCCAUGGCACAGAUUCCUACCCCAAAGUGACUUUCUCUAUCGGAAAUAAAAUAAUCAAGACUAAAAAGGGACCGCUUCACCACGGAUCGCGUGAACCGCUGUACAACGAGUCCUUCAACUUCACCGUUUCCGGAGAUGACCUGGGCUCUGGUACUCUACUGGUGUCAAUCAUGCACUCGAGGGAAGGGGGUAAGGAGGACCAGUUAGUCGGCAGGGUCCUACUGGGGGGAAUGAUGUACGCAAGAGGAACUGAAUGCGAGCACUGGACAGAAAUGAUGACGAAUCCGCGAAACAUGAUAAAAUAUUGGCAUAAGUUAACAAAUUAAACACAAGAACACCCCUUUUAUUUAUGGUUUCAGUGAUUCACUCGCGUAGUAUUAUCCGACGAAACAUAUGCAAAGGAUUUGAAUUUCACCCAAAGGUUUAGAACAGAAACAACGGCUUGAAAGUUCGAAAGACCUUUCAUAAGUUAAGCAAAGAUAAAUCAAGUUUGAAAAUGGAGACAAAUGGUCCUCCUUAUUCAAUGAUAAACCUUAAGCAACAAAAGCUAACACACAGUUAUGGUCUCUCUGUAGAGCAAUUUCCAAUUGAUUUCGACAAAUUUUUCAAGACUGCUUUGAACUGCUUUACUUCACUAUGUGACUCGUCCAGAAAACUCGUGCCACAUUUUAACCAAUCAGAUCCAAAACUAAAAAAACUAAUCACGACUUGGUCAUUGGAGUUUUCCCGCGCUCGGAGAGAUUUGCCUGUUUUUACUUUGAUUUGUCAUAGGCUCAGAAUUUCCUUUGCUCUGAUUGGUUGAUGUAAUUCUUUGGUUUUACACUUCGCCACUCAAUCGAAAUACGCUUUGUUUGAUUUGAUGAUGACCGAGUCAUCAUUAGGUUUGCAUUUAGCGAUAGAAAAGUUUCUCUUUUCCAAUGCAACUACCACGACUGAUAGCGCCCGGGCAGAUGGACUGCUCUGGUCUUGUCAAAGCCUUGUAACAAAGAAUUGUUUCGUUCUGUACAUCAACAACCAGCUUUUGAAUCUUUAUACCAGACUCGUAAGACGUAUCGCUCUGAUAUAAGAGUAUUUUAUUUUUUAUUUAAUCAUGAAUGUAAUUGUAUUUUUAAAGCAAAAAAUAACAAAUAAGGUGAAAUGUAACUUUACAAAAUGUGAGAAAUAAACUGGAAUUCAGAUAAAUAAAAAUAA